CCGGCCCCAUUGGUGCUCCCCCCCCAGGUACAUCCUCGCUCGUCACCCGCCGUCACCCUCUCGUAGGCCGCAGCGUCAGGAGCCGCGCCGGGCUCGGGCUCGCCCCAUCGGGGGCCGGGACGGAGGGAGCGGGGUGUCACCAUGAUGUCGACCUACAAGCGGGCGACGCUGGACGAUGAAGACCCCCUGGACUCUACUGGUGAUGGUGAUGGGUACCCCAACGGCUUCCAGGUGAACUUCCGCAGCUCGAGGAGUGCCCCCGGGUGCUGGGCUGAGCGGACGCGCGCCGAGAAGCAGCUGGUGGUGCUGGUGGGGGUGCUGGGGGCCGUGCUGGUGGCGUGUCUGCUGGGUCUCAUCUUCCAGUACAGAGCCCGGGCACCAGCCGUGUGCCUGUCAGAAGCCUGCAUCUCCGUCACCAGCUCCAUCCUCAGCUCGCUGGACCAGGGGGUGAAUCCCUGCGAGGACUUCUUCAGCUAUGCCUGUGGGGGCUGGAUCAAGGCCAACCCCCUCCCCGAUGGCCACUCACGCUGGGGCACCUUCAACAACCUCUGGGAGCACAACCAGGCCAUCAUGAAGCAUCUGCUGGAAAACACCACGGCCAAUGUGUCGAGCGAGGCGGAGCGCAAGGCACAGCGUUACUACCAGGCCUGCAUGAACGAGAGCAAGAUUGAGGAGCUGCGUGCCAGCCCGCUCGUGGAGCUCAUCGAGAAGCUGGGUGGCUGGAACAUCACAGGUCCAUGGGUUGGUGACAACUUCAACGCGACGCUGCGGGAGGUGACGGCACAUUACCGCAUCUCACCCUUCUUCUCCGUCUACGUCAGCGCCGACUCCAAAAACUCCAACAGCAACGUGAUCCAGGUGGAUCAGUCGGGACUGGGCCUGCCAUCCCGGGAUUACUACCUCAACAAGACAGAGAAUGAGAAGGUGCUUGCUGGGUACCUGAACUACAUGGUGCAGCUGGGGAUGUUCCUGGGAGGCACUGAUGAGGAGUCAACUCGGCAGCAGAUGCAGCAGAUCUUGGACUUUGAGACAGCGUUGGCCAACAUCACCAUCCCACAGGAGAAGCACCGGGAUGAAGAGGUCAUCUACCAUAAAAUGACAGCUGGAGACCUAAAGGAGUUGGCACCAGCUGUGGACUGGAUGCCCUUCCUCAGCACGGUGUUCUACCCCGUGGAGCUCAAUGAGUCUGAGCCCGUUGUGGUCUAUGCCAAGGAGUACCUGGAGCAGGUCUCUGACCUCAUCCUGGCCACAGAUAAAUGCCUCCUCAACAACUACAUGAUCUGGAACCUGGUGCGGAAAACCAGCCCCUUCCUCGACCAGCGCUUCCAGGAUGCAGAGGAAAAGUUCAUGGAAGUGAUGUAUGGGACGAAGAAGAGCUGCCUCCCACGCUGGAAGUUCUGCAUCAGUGACACUGACAACAACCUGGGCUUCGCCCUGGGGGCCAUGUUCGUCAAGGCCACCUUUGCCGAGGACAGCAAGCAAGUGGCAGAGGAAAUGAUUGCAGAGAUUAAAACAGCCUUCGAGGAGAGUCUGGAGACCCUGCAGUGGAUGGAUGAAGAGACAAGGAAAUCGGCCAAAGAGAAGGCAGAUGCCAUCUACAACAUGAUUGGCUACCCCAAGUUCAUCAUGGACCCCAAGGAGCUGGAUAAAGUCUUUAAUGAUUACGAGGCUGUAUCUGACCUCUACUUUGAGAACGUCAUGCAGUUUUACAACUUCUCGGCCAGGGUCACCGCUGACCAGCUCCGAAAACCACCGAACCGGGACCAGUGGAGCAUGACACCACCGACGGUCAAUGCGUACUACUCUCCCACCAAGAAUGAGAUUGUCUUCCCUGCUGGCAUCCUCCAGGCCCCCUUUUACACACGUGCAUCUCCCAAGUCACUGAAUUUUGGUGGGAUCGGUGUGGUGGUGGGCCAUGAGUUGACACAUGCCUUUGAUGAUCAAGGCCGGGAAUACGACAAGGAUGGCAACCUACGUCCCUGGUGGAAGAACUCCUCGGUGGAAGCCUUCAAGCGUCAGACAGCAUGCAUGGUGGAGCAGUAUGGCAACUACACCAUCAAUGGAGAGGCUGUCAAUGGCAAGCAAACCCUUGGGGAGAACAUCGCUGACAACGGGGGCCUAAAGGCUGCCUACAGGGCAUAUCAAAACUGGCUGAAAAAGAAUGGGGAUGAGGAAACCCUCCCAACGCUUGGCCUCACCAGCAACCAGCUCUUCUUCGUUGGCUUCGCACAGGUGUGGUGCUCGGUUCGCACGCCAGAGAGCUCACACGAGGGGCUCAUCACUGACCCCCACAGCCCCUCACGAUUCCGGGUCAUCGGCACCGUCUCCAACUCCCAGGAAUUUGCAGAGCAUUUCAACUGCCCCCUUGGCUCCCCCAUGAAUCCCUCCAAGAAAUGUGAAGUCUGGUGAUGGGAGAGUGCCUGGAGGGAACCGGCUGCUUCAUCCCAUGGCUGAAUUCCCCAGGUCCUUUUGAGAGGCACAAACCACUUCAUGGAACUGCCCAGCUCUCAGCCGGAGCAGCGCCCACAUUCCCGGGAUCAUCCGAGCUUCAUUCACUGUGAAACUCCUUCAUCCCCUCACUCGUUUGUGGAAUAACUUCCACCUGAGGGUCUCUCCUUCCCCACCAUGACCAGGCACGUGUCCAUGGGCACUACCCUGUAUAGUGCUCCAGCCUGACCCACCAUCCCAGCCAAUUCCUCAUUUCCGGAGGCGAUAAAGGGAUCCCACAGUGCCGGCAGGUUUGGCUGCGUGUCUGAAUGCACCCGAUGGACCUUCCUCUCUCCAAAGAUGCGCACAUGAGGAUGGAAAAUAUUUUAAGAUAUAUUUUUUGGGGGAGGGGCAAAUAUCUCUAUUUUUUUCAUGCCUUGUGGAAUACACUGGAAAAUUUCAGGGAAAAUGCAUUUAAAAGCCUUUUUUUGUUUGUUUUUUUUUUCUUUUUUAAGUAAAAGAUGAGUAUAUUUAUUAAUUCUUUUUUACUCAGUGCAGCUGGAGGUGCAGCACCCUGUGGUGACAGUGACUGGGGACAGGCUCUCUGCUGGUGAAGCUGGAUGGGGCUGUGGAUGCAACUACCCAGUCCUGACUCCUGCUUCUCUGGGAGGGACUGUCCUUGGAGGAUGCUAAUGGGGACAUUGGAGGCAGGGCUGGAGGAUGCUGCAGGGCAGAGGCUCUGCUGCACCUCCUCAGCUUAGCUUUCAUUCCAGAGGGGAAAGCUGGCAUGCCAAAGGUGUCACCGAGGUGGUGACUGUGGGUGAAGCACCCGGGGCACCCUCCUGUCCCCUCUGAAGUGAGCUCAGCCAUGAAUCCCUGCCCCAAAAGCUUCCCCAGACAAGUGCAGGUGGUUCCUGCUGCUCCUUUGUGCUCUGCUGUGCCCAGCCCCUGUACUGGGAAACUGCAAACCCCAAAAUCACCCCUUGGUCCCAAACCUCCGUCCUUUCAUGGCCGGUUUGGCACUGGGAUGGGGGCAAGGGGCUUUCGUAAGGGUUAUGUUUAAUGUUCUUUUUGCAGUUUUAAGAGGAAACCACUGACAGUAGCUCAGGUGCUGCGUGUUGUCUUGUGGGGCACCUUCUUGCAAAGCUGUAGAGGGAUUUUUAAUAUUUAUAUGUAAAAGGAAGGAUGGGGGGGGAUUUUUUUGUAACUAUUUUUUCACCCUACAUGUGGGGCUUAUCGUUAUUGAAAUAAUAAAUACUUUUUACUUGGGCUGGA